AUGGGCCGCAUAAUCAUAUCCAGAGGGCUCAAAGCUGUAUCGCCCGCUCGCGGGUUCUUCUCUACAUCACUUCUACGAAUGCAGCCCGUUCUUCUUCCCCAAUCCUCACAAUUCCGCUGUACCAUGAGCACGUCCGCGACGCAGCAACCGAUCUACGCGCAGGGGGAGGAGGAGAACAGGCUGAAUCCAGAACUGAGCAAGCUCUUUGAGUCGGGAUGGGAGCUAGAUGAGAAUAAGAUGGGCCUCAAGAAGACGUAUCAUUUCAAGACCUAUACGAAAGUGCUGGAUUUCGUCCAAAUGGUCGGAAUAGCGAGUAAAUCGAAGAAUCAUCAUUCUCUUAUGCAAUUGGGACAUGGACAUGUUUCGGUGCAUUGGACGACUCAUAAUCCUCGCGGUUUGACGGCUAAAGAUAUCGACAUGGCGCAAUAUUGUGAUAACCAGGGAGGACUCAUAAAGACCGUUGAUAGAGGAGAAGCCGCAAAGUGCGGCCCGAAGCCAUAA